GCGCCCGCCCCAGAGCCGCUUCCCCGCCGCGCCGCUCCGCACCGGCGGCCGCCCCGGAGCCGCUGCCCUCACCAUGAACAGAGGCUUCUCCAAGAAGAGUCACCCUUUCCUGCCUAAAAUAUUUAGAAAAAUGUCUACUCAAUCAGCGAAAGAGAGACCUGAGAGUUUGCAUUUCCCAUUCCUGGACGAUGAAGACACCAUCUCCACGCUGAAAGAAUCCAAAACCUUUUUCAUCCUCCGGGGCCUGCCUGGCAGCGGGAAAUCCACCCUGGCCCAGGCCAUCCACGAUCGCUACAAAGACGCCUGCAAGGUCAUCUCUGUCGAUCACUACAAAAUCACACCAUUAAUCAGGAGCUCCAUUCCUGAAGAGUACUCCAAGGUGGAUGAGGAUCUAGUUGACUAUUGCAAACGGGAGAUCAGCGUCAUUGUUUUGGACGACACCCACCACGAGCGGGAGCGGCUGGAGCAGCUCUUUGACAUUGCCGACAAGUAUCGCUACAAAGUCAUCUUUGCCGAGCCCAAAACCCCCUGGCGCUUGGAUUGCCCCCAGCUCAAGGACAAGAACCAGUGGAAACUGUCUGUGGAAGAGCUGAAGAAGAUGAAGCCAAGCUUAGAGAAGGAAUUCCUGCCCAUGUAUUUUGGGUGGUUUUUGAGCAAAAGAAGUUCGGAGAUCCUGAGGAAGGCUGGCCAGGCAUUCUUGGAUGAGCUUGGGAGUCUCAAAGCCUUCAAAAAGGAGAGUAAAUACUUUCCUUCUGCUAUCGAAGAUCCCAAAAUAAAAACAGAUCUCACCAGCUACUUUGUGAAGAGGCCACCUGGGGUCCUGCACUGCACCACGAAAUACACUGAGUUUGGAAAAGCAGCUGGAGCCGAGGAAUACGCGCAGCAGGAAGCUGUGAAGGCUUCCUAUGGCAAAGGCUUCACCCUGUCCAUCUCUGCCCUGUUCAUCACCACAAAGACUGUCGGGGCUCGCAUCGAGCUGAGCGAGCAGCAGCUGCUGCUGUGGCCGGGGGAUGCUGACAAGAUCCUGCCCACGGACAACCUGCCCCGGGGCAGCCGUGCCCACAUCACCCUGGGCUGCGCCAACGGCGUCGAGGCCGUCCAGACCGGGCUCGACCUGCUGGAGUUUGUCAAGCUGGAAAAGGCAGGGAACAAAGGGGAGCAAGUGGGGGAAAUUGGAGGAGGGAAACUGCUGUAUUUUGAUAAUGGGAUGUGGAUGCUUGUGCUGUUGAAGAAGAUUGAUGUGAGGGCGAUAUUCUCGGGGUACUACGGGAAGGGAAAGCUCGUGCCAACGCAGAGCACCAACAAACGGGGUGCUGCCUUCAGCUCCUGCACCAUCAUCUAGGAGCACGGGCAGGGCAGCUCCUCGGUUUGUUUUUAAAAGGCAAGUAACUCCUGUAACCUUAAAAGUGUAAAGAGAAAUAAUUUCUACCUUUACUAAAGUCAACCCUCCUGCCCACCCCAGCGUGAAGCCUGUGGGGAGUUAGCGGCCUCAGGAAAGGAAGAAAACAAGCAACUCCUGACUGCAACUGUCACGGAUUUUAAUGUGAGUUUUGGAGGGAACCUGCUGGGGUGUCCUGCUUGUUUUCUUCCUUGGAGAAAGAUCAGCUCUGGGGCUUUUAUUGCUUCCCUCUGAACCACAAUCGUUCGAUCUUUACCUGCUGGCACUGACCAAAGCCUGGCAGUCGCUGGUCUGGAGCCAAGGGAACUGCAGGAUGUCCCUCCCCUCCCACACCCUGGGGCUGGCACUGGCCAUUCUGGCAGCUGAUCACAGGGUCAGAACCAGUGAGACCUGGGCAUGGGUCACUCCUGUCAGGAGUCCUGCCCUUACCAAGGGUUUGGCCCUAAGGACAGACCUUGCUGAGGGCAGCGGGUCCUGGCAGCCCUAAUCACAGCUGCCCCCAGUGGGCUCCAUCCCAGCUCCUGGGAUGCUCUGGGGACAGCCAGGAGGAGGGCACUGUGCCAGGUGAUGCCUUAAAGACACCAACUUUGGGGAAAUCAAGUGAAACACCAGGACAGGGAGCCAAUUCCUGCAAAGCAGCUCCAGCCAUUUCCCUCCACCUGGGCUGGACCGAGCACCAUCCCCUGUCCUGUAGGGAACAAUCCUGCCUUGGCAGGGAGUGGAAGAGAUGAACUAACAUCUUUUCCAUCUUAUUUGAUAAGAAACUAAAAUCAUGUCUGAAGUACACAACUGGACUUCAUGCAAGAUUUUACUCCUUUCCUCUAAUGCACUUGAAUGUUAAGAGUUAGGCUGGAGUAACCCCGUAGUGUAGGAAGUGGAGGCACUGUAACCUUGUAACUCAUGUCUGCUCGAACCUAAACCCCAGCUGGAAGUUACUGACCCAGCACUUGUGUCAUUAAAUGUGUUCUAUUGAAACCUGGGUUUGUGCUCUGGCAGGCCCUGGCCCAGCAGGGCGGUGGCUCCUGGGCAUUGUUUAACACAAAGCUCCACUAACAGCCCCAGGGACGCUCCCAGCAGAGUGAAUUAACCCAACUAACCCUGUAAAUACUGACUGUGUUUGAGGCCUGGGCGCAGCUCACCCUGAGUCCAAUGUUGCUGGGGCAAGGAGCAUUUCUCUCUGAUUGUUGAGGCCAAAAGCAGGGAGAGCUUUGGUGCUUUUCUGCUACCAAACACUCUGCCAUGAAAGCAAAAUACUUCCUGCUGAUCAGAAGCAAAGGAUAAGAAUAAAUUCUCGUUCUACCAUAAAAUAGUGAGCUAUAAACCCACCCAGAGCACCUGUGACCCUUCAUGGAGAAAUCCCUCUAACCUUCCACACUGGCAGCAGCCGAGUGCCCAACACUCAGCUGACAGAACCUCAAGGGUUUGUUCCACCAAAGCUCUACAAGGGAUUUGCCAGCACCUGCUCAGGGGCUGGCUGAGCCCACACCCCCAGUGCCCAGAUCACUCCAGCACCAGAAUACACAGCUGGAAUCUCUCCUUCAUCUGCCUGUUCAAGAACAACAGUGACAUUGUCGUCGUUUGAGUUUUUAUUAGUUUGUACAUCAUAUACAGUUUAUAAUAAAGUAAAACCGAUUGCAUAUGGGUCUGCUCAGGCUGAUUUCCCAUACAAACACGGCAUCAGGAGUUCUGCUAAGGAAGUAAACAACAAAUAUUCACAUUUUUUUACCAUUCACAUCCUAGAAAGGUCCAAGAGGGACAGCUGGUACCGAUGCGGAGCCCGGCUGGGAGAGGACGAGGAGUUUGGCAAAGCAAUGGGACAGCAAUUGCUCCAUGCAAUUCCCCUUUCCUCCCAGGGAAAGGUUGAGCUAUGUACACUGAGGUAAACAUUCCCAAUUCCAGUUCAGAGAAACAGGGCAGCGCAGGGACGAGCUCCUCUCCGAGCGGCUCCGCAUCGGCGCCUGCGUUUGUCCUGACUGCUCCACACUCGUGACCCGCGGGCACUGUGGGGCUCUGGGGGCUCCCCCGGCCCCUGGGAUGCUGCCUCACACCUCACUCUGCUCACAGGAGCCACGAGGGGACACUGGGGACAGGGCUGGGGUGGCAGCAGGGCUGGGCACUGCCCAGGGAUGCUCCAGCACAGAGCAGAGCUGCCCCUCCAAGCUCAGAUCUGGGUGAGGGGAAAAUGCCCAGCACUGCUCCAAAAAGGAAUAACCCCAUCCAUGAUGCUGGGAGUGGGCCAGGAAGGCCAAAGAGUUUCACAUCAGCUCCCACAGUCAUGCAGGGACCCAGAAUGGCCCCACAGAGCCAAGGGCAGGGACAGCCACCAGCUAUUGCCACCCAGGGACAGCACUGCUCCAGGGACACGGCUGGCUGCAGCACACAGUUGUCCUGUUCCCUAGGGAAGAGGAGGGGAAAGGACAAGGCACGAAUUUAAACAGGAUGAAAACCAUCCAUUAGAAAUCAGAGAAUAUCUGGAGUUAUUAGUGAAACUGAGGAGGUCAUUUGGAAGUGGCAAAGCAGCACAUGGCCCAGCCCUGGGGCUGUUGGAUGGCUGCAGGCCCAGGGCCAGUGUGGCUGGACAGACUCUGGCCCCAGCCUCCAUCUCAGACACACCACAGCAGUGCCCAGUCUGUGUCUCAGCAGGUACAGAGAGUGGAGGGGCCAUUCUAUUCCAUGGAAAAUACUCUUGUACCUGAACAAUUUGUCUUUCUCCCAUUUUCCAACUUGCAUUUCUGCAUUUACAACAGCCAGCAGCGCUGGGGAUCCUGCUCACUGAACACUCCCAGGAUCAAAAGCAAAUCAGGAAUCAGGUACAUUUCUGUGCAGCCAGAGCAAUGAGGAACCUUGAGAGGGUGGCCAGAACCUCCUGAAUGGACCUCACAGCUUUCCAACCCAAACUAUUCCACGAUUCUCUGAGCAUGGCCAGACAAAACCACAUCCAAGGCAAAGCCCAACAGCCACACAAUUCCUGAUCUCCCUAGCAGAGCUGCAGUCCUGCAGCAGAGCCCUCACAUGCCAGCUCUGCCCACAGCCACACUCACACACUUCUCUUCACAAGUUCCCCAGAGAAGCUCUCGAGCUGCUCAGAGCAUCCACUCCACACUCAGCUGCUGGAAAACGCCCCCAGCCUGGUCUGGCUCUCAGCCACAGCAGCUCUGCUCUUUCCAGGCCUUUCUGGAGAGCAGCAGCUCCCACAGCACCAGCCAUUCCCCCUUGGAGAGCCCUGGCAGGAGGUGCCAGGCUGAGAGUCACACCAAAGAGUGUCCAUCAGCACCACCUCUGCACCUCUCUGUGCUCUCUGUCCUUCUGGGACAGCAUCACCUGAAGAUGCUCAUUGUGGCAAACCCCUGGGGCUGGUGUGGGUAGCUGGAGCCCUGGCACUCAGCUUCACACCCAACCACAACCCAUGGACAAUGUGCUGGAACCACCACGUGUGGAGGCAACACUCCAAAGCAAAGCACAGCUGAGCCCAUUUUUUUUGGAAAAUGCAGAUUUUUGUCUCCCCAAGCCGUGCUGGGACACGGUGGGGUCACAGUGCCACUGGACACUGCUGCUGCCCUGAGGUGCCAGGUGCCACCAAGCCCUGCUCUGUGCCAGGGGACAGGGACUGCACAGGGCAUGGGGCACUCUGGGCUAGUGGAAGGUGUCCCUGCCCAUGGCAGGGGUUGGACUUGGCAGCUUUUAAAAGCCUCCAAGCCCAACCCAUCCCAUGGUUCUGUGCAUUUGCCUUCACCUUGAUUCACGUAACAACGUGCUGUAGAAAGUCUUGGCACUCACCAUAUGAAUAUUGAACUACAUUAAAUCAUGCAUUCAUGUACAGGUUAUAAAUAGCUGCUGUAUACAUUUCCUCUCCCAGAAGCAGAGCCAUUCCACUCCUGUGCUCCAAGGAAUGGGCCCAGGCAGCUUGGAGAGAAGGAAGGGAGCUGCUCACACUUCCCUGGGGCAGGGGAAAAUGAGAAUAAACUCACUGACAGACACAGAACAUGGCUCUGCUCAGCAAUGGGAGACUGAGAACAGCCCAAACUGUACAGUGACAUCAACACACACACACACACAGGACCAGAUGUCAUGGAACCAAAAUGCCACUAAACUCUUGUAAACUCAGAUUACAGUGCCAGGAGAGCUGGGGAAGGAAGCAUCAGUGUGCAUAGACCAGUAUUUCAGUUCCCCACGUUCUCACCAUUUCAGAGCCUGGAAAGUGCCAGGACCCAGCUGCUCUUGGGUCCAUCCCUCACACUGGCGUGAAGGACUUGAACAAACGUGGGAGAGUCAGGUUUUGAAAGCAUUACUCAGCACUGGUUCACUUAGAAAGCUGAGCUUCAAACGAGUUGUAAAAUAUUCUAAAUUUAAGCCCUUAAAUUUUCCCUCUGUUGAAGCAGAUUGUCAAGAAUCCUGACCAAACACCACAGCAGGACCACGACACCGUGGAAUUCACAGUCCCUGUCCUGCUGCAGGGAGGGAGGAAGACAAAGAGGUGCCAUUCCCAGUGACCACCUGGUGCAAGGAGCUCCCUGCAGGGUUUGUUCUGCUGUGGGGAGGCAAAGAAUCGCUGGCAGGUUCUCUCAGCACAGCCCUGCAUGCACAAACACCCAUCCUCUGAGCAAACUGCAGCCUCCAACAGCCCCACACUGGCAGGGUGAGCCCAGGACCCCCAGGCACAGCCCCUGUGCCCCUUUCUGAGCCCAGGACCCCCUGGCACAGCCCCUGUGCCCCUUUCUGAGCUCAGGACCCCCAAGCACAGCCCCUCUCUCCCCAACACCCCAAACUGAGCACAACCCCUGGGCCUGACAGCACCAAGCUCCAGAACCCACCAGACAGGAGCUCACACAGGACCAUGCUGUGCAGAGAAGGGGGGGAUUCCAGAAGCUGAGUUUCUCUCCCAGCUGAUAUUUUGCUGUAAAAUCACCUUUUAGGUGAAAGUCAAACUGCUACCAGGCAGUGCCCCACACCAAAGCCAGCAGGACACAGCUCAUCCAUCCCUCCAGCUCCUGCCCUGACACUGCACAAGAGGAAAGCACAGACUGCCAGCUCAGAGCUGGACUUUGCAUUUUCUUGCUGCUUUGGAGGAGUGAAUCACUGCCAGAGGAAAACCACACAGCCAGGAUAACUAAACACAGCACAUCCCACACCACCCACCAUCCCUGCCUGGAAUUCACCUGGCACUGAAAGACUCACCCAUGGCAUGGAUCAGUGACAGGAAAUCACACAUCAAGCUCAACAAAAAUCAAGUAUAGCACAAAUAUAAAAUAUUCAAGUGGAUUAAUUUAAAAAAGUACAGUGAAGGAAUUCAGCCCAGAGCAAAUUCAAAAUUCCCUUAAACAGGACAAUCUUGGGAACACAAAGCCCUUAAUUCCAGCUGCAUCACAGGGAAUUCUCACAUAAGCUGCUCUUGGAACUCUAAGCAGCAUUUCUCUGAUACAGAAUUGUAAGCUCACAUGUUAUCACAGAAGUUUAAUGCCCAAAUGGGCCUUGCUGGGAGAACCAUGGAAAAAAAAAAAAAACAAA